GAAAAUUUAUUUGAAAUUAAUAAUUUAAAUUAAUUAUCCUUUUCUUUCGAAAACUAUAAAAAUGGGUCGAUGGUAUAAAUUGCAAGCAAUUUAAGGAGUGUAUGUUCAUAUCAUAGUUCUUACUUAGUAUUUUUUUCUUCUUCCCAAAUCAAAGGGAUUCACUUAUUUAUUCGCCUAAAAAUGAUGCAAAGAUUAUCAAAAAAUUAUGACUUAGUUCCCAAUUCUGAUCCAUUAUCAUUUCCGAAAUAUGAUUCAGCUGAUACGGUCAAAAUCAAGAAAAGUUGGAUGCCCUGGAAAAAGGAAAAGAGGGGGUAUAAAGAAUUGGAAGAUCUCAAAAAGGAGGUCGAAACGGACGAACAUAUAAUUCCGCUACAAGAAUUGUACAAACGUUUAGGGGCAGACCCCGAAAAAGGUCUAAGUACAGAGACCGCUAACUAUAUAUUAACCAGAGACGGACCUAACGCUUUAACUCCUCCAUCCCAAACCCCAGAAUGGGUAAAAUUCGCUAAGCAAUUAUUCGGAGGGUUCAAUGCACUUUUGUGGAUAGGGGCCAUUCUUUGCUUCCUGGCCUAUGGGAUCCAUUCUGCCAGAUAUAGAAAUGUUUCCAGGGAUAACUUAUAUUUGGGAGUUGCGCUAAUGAGCGUUGUCAUAAUUACUGGUAUAUUUUCGUAUUACCAAGAGUCCAAAAGUUCUCGUAUUAUGGAGUCCUUCGCUAAAAUGAUUCCGCAGCAUGCAAUGGUGUGGAGAAACGGUGUUAAGACGGAGCAUAAAGUUGAAGACUUGGUAGUUGGAGACAUCGUUGAUGUACAAUUUGGCGAUAGAGUGCCUGCUGAUUUACGCAUUAUAAAAUCACACUGUUUCAAGAUCGAUAAUUCAUCAUUAACUGGUGAGAGUGAGCCUCAAUCUCGUUCAUCUGAUACUACCAGCGAGAAUCCACUAGAAACAAAAAAUUUAGCAUUUUUUUCAACCAACGCAGUCGAAGGAACGUCAACAGGAGUUGUGAUACACACAGGUGAUAGGACCGUAAUGGGUAGGAUUGCAAAUCUUGCUGCAGGUCCUGAAUCAGGAAACACCCCGAUUAAUAAAGAAAUCAAACAUUUUAUUAACAUCAUAACUGUGGUCGCCGUAUUUUUGGGAUUCACUUUCUUAGUGAUCUCCCUCCUAAUGAGACACUACUGGUUAGACGGGGUCAUAUUUUUGAUAGGUAUCAUCGUGGCUAAUGUACCGGAGGGCUUGCCCGCUACAAUCACGGUAUGCCUAACUUUAACAUCUAAACGAAUGAACGCUAAAAAUUGUUUAGUCAAAAAUCUCGAGGCCGUUGAAACCCUAGGCUCAACGUCUACCAUAUGCUCAGAUAAAACUGGCACUUUGACCCAAAAUAGGAUGAGUGUAGCUCAUAUGUGGUAUGAUGACAAAGUUUGGGAAGUCGACACCUCCGAAAAUCAAGUGGUAAAGAAUCGAAACAAAAAUAAAACGUGGGAGGAACUUAUGCGAAUAGCCGCCUUGUGCAACAGGGCUUACUUCAAAGCUAACCAGGAUAAUGUGCCAAUUAUGAAAAGGGAAUUUAUAGGAGAUGCAUCUGAAUCGGCUUUGCUUAAGUGCGUUGAAUUGACAUAUGGGAACGUUGAAGAGCUGAGGAAAAUUUACAAAAAGCUUGUGGAAAUUCCUUUCAAUUCUAACAAUAAAUACCAAGUUUCAAUCCACGAAUCUCCUAACGAUCCUAGACAUUUGUUAGUAAUGAAGGGUGCUCCGGAGUGUAUUUUGAAGAGGUGCACCACCAUAUUGAUUGAUGGGAAAGAAGCACUAAUAACGGAUAAGGUAAGGGAAGAUUACAAUAUGGCCUACAUGGAACUGGGUGGGGUGGGCGAAAGAGUGCUGGGAUUUUGCGAUUUUUGGUUGCCGAUUGAUCAAUUUCCUAAAGGAUUUCCUUUCAACACUGACAAUGUAAAUUUUCCUCUUGAAGGUUUUAGAUUUGUAGGCCUCAUGGCUCUUAUAGACCCCCCUCGAGCUGCGGUUCCUGAUGCGGUAGCUAAAUGUCGCAGCGCUGGAAUCAGGGUUAUAAUGGUGACGGGAGACCACCCGAUAACGGCGAAAGCCAUAGCAAAACAAGUUGGUAUAAUAUCGGAAGACAGUGAUACUAUCGAAGAUAUAUCCGCUCGUUUGAAAAUUCCAGUGGGCGAAAUCAAUCCCCGCGAUGCUAAGGCUUGUGUGGUUCAUGGAGGAGAGCUGAAAAAUAUGAGCCCAAAAGAUUUGGAUGGAAUUUUGAAAUGGCAUCCCGAGCUUGUUUUUGCCCGCACAUCCCCACAACAAAAACUCAUAAUAGUGGAAGGGUGUCAGAGACAAGGAGCUAUAGUAGCUGUAACUGGGGAUGGAGUCAACGAUUCUCCUGCUCUCAAGAAAGCGGACAUAGGAGUUGCUAUGGGAAUAGCCGGAAGUGAUGUUAGUAAGCAAGCAGCCGAUAUGAUUUUACUGGAUGACAAUUUCGCUUCUAUAGUAACUGGGGUUGAAGAAGGCCGUUUGAUAUUUGAUAAUCUCAAAAAGUCUAUAGCUUAUACAUUGACGAGUAAAAUACCAGAGAUGAGUCCUUUCUUAUUUUACAUACUCCUCAACAUUCCUCUGCCCUUAGGAACCGUUACCAUUUUAUGCAUAGAUCUCGAAACUGACAUGGUACCUGCCAUAUCCCUAGCAUACGAAAAAUCUGAGAGCGAUAUCAUGAAAAGGAGACCACGUAAUCCAAAAUACGAUCAAUUAGUUAAUGAAAGAUUGAUAAGUGUCGCCUACGGUCAAGUAGGUAUGAUCCAAGCUUGUGCAGGGUUUUUCACUUAUUUUGUCAUUAUGGCCGAGAACGGGUUUUUACCCAGAAGACUAUUAGGCAUCCGAGUAGCUUGGGAUUCGGCAGGAGUCAAUAAUUUGGAGGAUUCUUAUGGCCAGGAAUGGACUUAUACGAUCAGAAAAAUUUUGGAACAUACGUGUCAUACAGCGUUUUUUGUAGCCAUAGUUAUUGUGCAAUGGGCGGAUUUAAUUAUUUGUAAAACUCGCAUGAAUUCGUUAAUCAAACAAGGAAUGACAAAUUGGGUGCUAAAUUUUGCCUUAGUAUUUGAAACAGCCGUGGCCGCCUUUUUAUGUUACAUGCCUGCGAUGGAUAAAGGGCUCGGAAUGUACCCUAUCAAAUUUUUCUGGUGGUUACCCGCCCUUCCUUUCAGUGCAUUAAUAUUAAUCUAUGACGAGGCUAGAAGAUAUAUGAUUAGACAUCAUCGGGGUGGAUGGCUUGAAAAAGAAACUUAUUACUGAUUACGAAAAAGGCAAAAUAAUCAUUUGCAAAUCUCAAAAUAAUUUUUUAAUUAUUUAGAAUUAUAUUAUAUUAUUUAAAGUAUAAAAAGAUUAUUUAUAUAUAUUAUUUAUUUUAAAUGUAAAUUUGGUUUGUUUAUUAAUAUUUUUUCUAUUGUGUAAUCUACCUUUUUUUGUGACGAUAUAUUUUAAUGAUUCAUUU